AUGGAAAUUCAAAGUCAUUGCGCACGGGAACGAGUGCGAACUUUCCAAAGAGUCAGCGUCGGUCAAUGGAAGCCGCCAUCCAGCAUCGUGUUGGCCGAUCCACAGUUCUGUGAGCCCGAGCAGCUCGACAUCAUCAUCGGUGCCGAGUAUUUCUACGAUCUUCUCACCGAAGGACGAAGCAAGAUCAGCGAGGAGGGACCAACUCUGCAGAAUACUGUCUUCGGUUGGAUUGUUUCAGGACGCAUUCCUGAUCAACCAGUGAGUCCAACGCAAGCAGUUUCGGUUUCUUGCACGCUAGCGGACAUCCAGGACCAGCUAGCACGCUUCUGGGAGUUGGAGUCCUGCAAGUCCAGUAGCAUCCAGUCGGUAGAAGAAUCAACGUGCGAGACCAUCUUCGACGAGACAACAACUCGGGAUAGCAGUGGCAGAUUCAUAGUGUCGUUGCCGAAGAAGGAGUUUGUCAUGCAGCAGCUUGGCGAGUGUGAAACGAUUGCCACUAAACGUUUCUUAGCCUUGGAACGACGACUAGAAGCCAACCCCGAGCUGAAGACUCAGUACCAUCAGUUCAUCCGAGAAUAUGAGCAGCUUGGCCAUAUGAAGCAGGUGGGCAGCGAAGAUCCAGACUUUCCCAUCUACUUCCUUCCGCAUCACGCAGUGUUGAAGCUAGACAGUACCACGACGAAGCUGCGGGUAGUAUUCGACGCAUCCUGCAAAACUUCCACAGGAGUCUCGUUAAACGAUGCCCUGAUGGUCGGACCCGUCGUUCAGGAUGACCUGCUGGCGAUUCAACUGCGUUUCCGUCUCCACCGAAUAGCCGUCGUCGCAGACGUGGAGAAAAUGUAUCGGAUGAUCCUCGUCUAUCCCUCAGAUCAACGGCUCCAGUGCAUUCUGUGGAGGGAUACUCCGAACGAACCUAUCCGCACGUAUCAGUUAGCUACAGUAACGUAUGGGACAGCAUGUGCUCCGUACUUGGCGACCAAGUGUCUGCAACGGCUGGCAGAACUUGAGGCCGAGAGAUAUCCUGUGGCGGCGAAGGCAAUGAAGGAGAAUUACUAUGUCGACGAUAUGCUGAGCGGAGCCGAUAGCAUUGAAGCCGCUAUGCAGCUAACCAGCGAAAUGCUCGAGCUUGCGUCCUCCGGUGGUUUCACUUUGCGAAAAUGGAACUCCAAUUCCAGCGCACUCAUGGAUCAGUUACCAGAGAAUCUCGUCGACCGCCGGCCGGAGCUUGAGCUGGAUACUGCGAACACUCCAGUGAAGACACUCGGGCUGCUCUGGGACACCACUUCAGACAGUUUUCUCUUCCGUCCACCUGUGUGGAACUCAGAGGCACCUAUCACCAAGCGAAUUGUGCUUGCGGACACAGCUCGUUUAUUCGAUCCCAUCGGCCUGGUGGGACCUGUCAUCGUCGCAGCGAAGAUAUUCGUUCAAGACCUGUGGAAGCAGAAGUGCGACUGGGACGAACCGUUACCCGAAGCAUUCCAGAAUUUUUGGAUCGAGUAUAGGAGAAAUCUCUCCGCCCUUUCGUCGUUAUCGAUUCCUCGGUGGGUGGCGUUCAGUACGGAUCUGGCUUCCGUUCAGGUUCAUGGCUUCUGCGAUGCUUCAAACAAGGCGUAUGGAGCAUGCCUCUACCUCCGUAGUACUACCUUCGGCGGUUCCGUAGAAGUGCGCCUCAUCACAGCCAAGUCCAAGGUCGCACCACUCGAAGAUCUGAAGCGGAAGAAAAGGGUUCAGACCACUCCCCGGCUGGAACUCUCCGGAGCAUUGCUGCUCAGUCACCUAUACGAAAAGUUCGUCGCCAGCACAGCAAUUCAGCACACCGCCUUCUUUUGGACCGAUUCGACGAUCGUGAUGUACUGGCUCUCGUCGCUGCCGUCACGGUGGCAGAUGUUUGUUGCGAAUCGUGUGUCGGAAAUCCAACACGCCACGAAAGGAUGCCCGUGGAACCACGUAGCCGGUGAAGAAAAUCCCGCCGACAUCAUCUCUCGGGGAAUGACACCAGCUCAGCUGCAGUACGAAAGGCUAUGGUUCGAGGGACCGCUGUGGCUUCGUCAGGACGCGAGCGUCUGGCCGUCCAAGGCUCCAGAAGAGGAAAUCGAUCCUGCCAUACUGGAAGAGAAGAAGGUCGUUGCGCUCCCAGUGACGGCUGAGUCCGUUAGUGAAAUAUUCAGUCUCCGUUCAUCGCUGUUCAGUUUAGUCAGGUUGGUCGCUGGCAUCCGCCGGUUCGUGCACAACACACAGCACAGACAGGACAGACGCACAGGGUUUCUGACGUUCCCCGAACACGAGCAGGCCUUGACAUUCCUGGUUCAGCUGGCGCAACAAGAAGCCUUUCCAGCUGAGAUAGCAGCGUUGAACAAGAACAAUCCAGUCAGUCCAUCGUCUUCGAUAAGCAAGUUGAAUCCAGUUCUCGUCAGUGGAAUCCUCUGUGUGGGAGGCAGACUAGCCAAGGCGCCAGUGUCAGCGAGUCGGAAACAUCCGAUGAUUUUGAGCCACCAUCAUCCACUGGCAAGGUUGAUCCUGCAUCACUACCACUGCAAGCACUUCCAUUCCGGAUUGCAGCUUCUCGUGUCUACCGUUCGUGAGCGCUUCUGGAUCACGCGCAUCAGGAGUCUUGCCAACUCUGUGUUACACGAAUGCGUUCGUUGCUUCCGAACCAGGCCGAAGGUGCUAGACCAGCUUAUGGCCGAUCUUCCGUCGGAACGAGUCUCUCCGGCACCUCCAUUCCUUAGAGUAGGCGUGGAUUAUUGCGGACCGUUCCUGAUCAAAUACCCUGUUCGCCGCGCGACUCCCACGAAACAUUACGUCGCCAUUUUCAUCUGCCUCGUUACGAAGGCAGUCCAUCUCGAGUUGGCUAGCGAUCUUACCAGCGAAGCCUUCCUUGCCGCCUUCAAAAGGUUCGUGGCUCGCAGAGGAAAACCGAUCCUGGUCAUGUGCGACAACGCCACAAACUUCGUGGGAGCCAAGCGCCAACUGGAUGAAUUACGACAGCUGUUCAUCGACCAAACGUUCCAGGAGUCCAUCGUCCGUGGAGCGAUCGAGGACGGCAUAAAAUUCCGCUUCAUUCCAGCAAGAUCUCCCAACUUCGGUGGUCUUUGGGAGGCCGCCGUGAAGUCCUUCAAGGGUCAUUUCAAGCGUACCAUCGGCGACCGUGUGCUGCAGUACGACGAGAUGAUCACCGUGUUGCCACAAGUUGAAGCGAUCCUCAACUCCCGGCCCCUCACGCCGGUCAGUAAUGAUCCGUUGGACUUCGAAGCGUUGACGCCAGGUCACUUCCUGGUUCAGCGACCGUUGACAGCAGUUCCAGAGCCAUCUCUAGAAGAUCUGCAGCGGAAUCGGCUGUCAAUGUGGCAGCAAGCGCAAGACUACGUUCAGCAAAUCCGGACCAAGUGGUCCACUCAGUACCUGUCCGAUCUCCAUAACCGGACCAAAUGGACCCGGAAACGGGACAAUAUCUCUGUUGGAACGCUAGUCCUACUCAAGGAAGACAAGCUUCCGCCACUAAGGUGGAAAUUGGGCCGCGUCAUUUAG